UCCCUGCUGCCCGCGCUCAGCCGAGGUUACGACUGCCCACAGUCUGCCGAAGUCUGCUUGAAUGGAGGAAAGUGUGAAGCUUACUCCAAUGGGACUCUGGUCUGCCUAUGCAACAGCGCCCACCUAGGGGACCGGUGCCAGCUGCCAAACCCUUGUCUCAGCUCCCCGUGCAAGAAUGCCGGCACCUGCCACCCGGUCGCCCGCGGCAACGCCGUGGACUACACCUGUUCCUGCCGCCUGGGUUUCACAGACCGGCUGUGCCUGACGCCCGAGGAGAACGCCUGUCUCAACAACCCCUGCCGCAACGGCGGGACCUGCGACCUGCUCACGCUGACUGAAUACAAGUGCCGGUGCCCUCCAGGGUGGUCAGGUAAGACCUGCCAGCAGGCAGAUCCCUGCGCCUCCAACCCCUGCGCCAACGGAGGGCAGUGUGUCCCUUUCGAGGCCCACUACGUCUGCAAGUGCACGAAGGGCUUCCAUGGACCCAACUGCAAACAGGACUUAAACGAAUGCAACAUCAUCCCUCCCGUCUGCAAGAACGGAGGCAGCUGCACCAACGAGAUCGGGAGCUACCAGUGUUCCUGCAAGCCAGCCUACACGGGCCAGAACUGCGAGCACCUCUACAUGCCCUGCAACCCCUCGCCCUGCCAGAACGGGGGCACUUGCCGUCAGACCAGCGACACCACCUACGACUGCACCUGUCUUCCAGGUUUUGCUGGUCAGAACUGUGAGGACAACAUCGAUGACUGUCCUGGGAACAACUGCAAAAACGGGGGCACCUGCGUGGAUGGAGUGAACACCUACAACUGCCAGUGCCUCCCUGAGUGGACAGGCCAGUACUGCACGGAAGAUGUCGAUGAGUGCCAGCUCAUGCCCAAUGCCUGCCAGAAUGGAGGGACGUGCCACAACAACCAUGGCGGGUACAACUGUGUCUGUGUCAAUGGCUGGACCGGCGAGGAUUGCAGUGAGAACAUUGACGACUGCGCCAUGGCUGCCUGCUUCCAGGGCGCCACCUGCCACGACCGGGUGGCCUCUUUCUACUGCGAGUGCCCGCAUGGCCGCACAGGCUUGUUGUGCCACCUGGAUGACGCCUGCAUCAGUAACCCCUGCAACGAAGGCUCAAACUGCGACACCAACCCAGUCAAUGGCAAAGCCAUCUGCACCUGCCCGUCGGGCUACACGGGGCCAGCCUGCAACCAAGACAUAGACGAGUGCUCACUAGGAGCCAAUCCCUGUGAGCAUGCUGGGAAAUGCAUCAACACCCAAGGCUCCUUCCAGUGCCAGUGUCUCCAGGGGUACUCGGGCCCCCGCUGCGAGAUAGAUGUCAACGAAUGCCUCUCCAAUCCGUGCCAGAACGACGCCACCUGCCUGGAUCAGAUCGGAGAAUUCCAGUGUAUCUGCAUGCCAGGUUACGAGGGCGUUUACUGUGAAAUCAACACGGACGAAUGCGCCAGCAGCCCCUGCCUGCACAACGGGAACUGCAUCGACAAGAUCAACGAGUUCUACUGCGAGUGCCCCACAGGCUUUAAUGGGCACCUGUGUCAAUACGACGUCGACGAGUGCGCCAGCACGCCGUGCAAGAACGGGGCUAAGUGCCUAGACGGCCCCAACACCUACACCUGCGAGUGCACAGAAGGAUUUACCGGCACUCACUGCGAAAUCGACAUCAAUGAAUGCGACCCUGACCCCUGCCACUACGGGACCUGCAGGGACGGCAUAGCUGCCUUCACCUGUCUCUGCCAGGCUGGCUACACAGGCCACCGCUGUGACAUCAACAUCAACGAGUGCCAGAGCCAGCCGUGCAAAAACGGAGGGACCUGCCAGGACAGGAACAACGCCUACUACUGCCUGUGCCUCAAGGGCACCACAGGGCCCAACUGCGAAAUCAACCUGGACGACUGUGCUAGCAACCCGUGUGACUACGGCAAGUGCCAAGACAAGAUCAAUGGCUACGAAUGUGCCUGCGAGCCGGGCUACACAGGGAGAAUGUGCAACAUCAACAUUGACGAGUGCGCCAGCAACCCGUGCCACAACGGCGGCACCUGCAAGGACGGCAUUAAUGGCUUCACAUGCCUCUGCCCCGAGGGAUACCACGACCCCAUGUGCGUGCUGGAAGUGAACGAGUGUAACAGCAACCCCUGCAUCCACGGCAAAUGCAACGAUGGGCUCAAUGGCUACAGGUGUGAUUGUGACCCGGGCUGGAGCGGGACGAACUGCGACAUCAACAACAACGAGUGUGAGUCAAACCCGUGCGCGAAUGGGGGCACCUGCAAGGAUAUGACCAGUGGCUACAUCUGUACCUGCCGGGAGGGAUUCAGCGGGCCCAACUGCCAAACCAACAUCAACGAAUGCGCCUCCAACCCAUGCCUGAAUCAGGGGACCUGCAUCGAUGACGUAGCCGGCUACCAAUGCAACUGUCUCCUGCCAUACUCAGGGGCUACGUGCGAGGACGUGCUGGCGCCGUGCGCGGCCGGGCCGUGUAAGAAUGGCGGGGAGUGCCGAGAGUCAGAGGACUACGAGAGCUUCUCCUGUGUGUGCCCUUCAGGCUGGCAAGGCCAAACGUGUGAGAUCGACAUCAACGAAUGCGUGAAAAACCCCUGCCGCCACGGCGCCACGUGCCAGAACACAAAUGGCAGCUACUGGUGCAACUGCAAAGCGGGCUACACCGGCCGCACCUGCGACACCGACAUUGACGACUGCAAGCCAAGUAAGCGCUGGCGAGCGUCCGCGCUCAGAGCGGGUGGCCAGCACCCCAGCUGCGAGUGCGCCAGCAACCCCUGCAAGAACGGGGCCAACUGCACCGAUUGCGUCAACAGCUACACAUGCACCUGCCCCUCCGGCUUCAGCGGGAUCCACUGUGAGAACAACACACCGGACUGCACAGAAAGCUCCUGUUUUAAUGGGGGGACCUGCGUGGACGGCAUCAACACCUUCACCUGCGUGUGCCCCCCUGGCUUCACGGGCAGCUACUGUGAGCACGACAUCAACGAAUGUGACUCUAAGCCGUGCUUGAACGGGGGCACCUGCCAGGACAGCUAUGGGACCUACAAGUGCACUUGUCCGCAGGGCUACACCGGCCUCAACUGUCAGAACCUGGUACGCUGGUGCGACUCCUCUCCCUGCAAAAACGGAGGCAAGUGCUGGCAGACCCACAACCUGUACCGCUGCGAGUGCAACAGCGGGUGGACGGGCCUGUACUGUGACGUCCCCAGCGUCUCCUGUGAUGUGGCUGCGAAGCAGCAAGACGUCGACGUGGCGCACCUGUGCAGGAACUCCGGCCUCUGUGUGGAUACUGGCAACACCCACUUCUGCCGCUGCCAGGCUGGCUACACCGGCAGCUACUGUGAGGAGCAGGUGGACGAGUGCUCCCCGAACCCCUGCCAGAAUGGAGCUACAUGCACGGACUACCUGGGAGGCUACUCCUGUGAGUGUGUUGCUGGCUAUCAUGGAGUUAACUGCUCAGAGGAGAUCAACGAGUGCCUGUCUCACCCAUGCCAAAACGGAGGAACCUGCAUCGAUCUCAUCAAUACCUACAAAUGCUCCUGCCCCAGAGGGACUCAAGGGGUGCACUGCGAAAUCAACAUUGACGACUGCAGCCCUUUCUUUGAUCCCGUCACCCUGGGGCCCAAGUGCUUCAACAACGGCAAGUGCACGGACCGGGUGGGCGGCUACAGCUGCGUCUGCCCACCCGGCUUCGUGGGGGAGCGGUGCGAGGGGGACGUCAACGAAUGCCUGUCCAACCCCUGCGACGUGCGGGGGACCCAGAACUGCGUGCAGCGCGUCAACGACUACAAGUGUGAAUGCCGGCAGGGGUACACCGGUCGUCGCUGUGACACCGUGGUGGACGGCUGCAAGGGCAAGCCCUGCAGGAACGGCGGGACCUGUGCAGUUGCGAGCAACACAGGCCGGGGCUUCAUCUGUAAAUGCCCCCCGGGUUUCGUGGGCGCCACUUGUGAAAACGACUCGCGCACCUGCGGGAACUUGCACUGCCUGAACGGCGGCACCUGCAUCUCCAUCCACAAGAGCUCCAAGUGCAUGUGCGCCCCUGCCUUCACGGGGCCAGACUGCCAGUACCCCCUCAGCAGCCCCUGCACUUCCAACCCUUGUUACAACGGGGGUACCUGUGAGUUCUUCAGCGAGGCCCCCCCGUAUUACCAGUGCAACUGCCUUGCAAACUUCAACGGCCUCUACUGCCACAUCCUGGAUUUUGAUUUCCAGGGAGGGGUGGGCCAGGAUAUCAUCCCGCCCACGAUCGAGGAGAAAUGCGAGAUCCCCGUCUGCGCCGGCCUCGCGGGCAACAAGAUCUGCGACGGGAAGUGCAACAACCACCCCUGCGGCUGGGACGGAGGCGACUGUUCCCUCAACUUCAACGACCCCUGGAAGAACUGCUCCCAUUCCCUGCAGUGCUGGAAAUACUUCAACGACGGGAAGUGCGAUGCGCAGUGCAACAACUCCGGGUGUCUGUACGACGGCUUUGACUGCCAGAAAGUGGAAGGGCAGUGCAAUCCUCUGUAUGACCAGUACUGUAAAGAUCACUUUUCAGAUGGUCACUGCGACCAGGGGUGUAACAAUGCUGAGUGUGAAUGGGACGGGCUGGACUGUGCCAACAACAUGCCUGAGAAACUUGCGGAUGGCACAUUGGUGGUAGUGGUCCUGAUAACCCCCGAGAACCUGAAGAACAACUCCUUCAACUUCCUCCGGGAGCUAAGCCGCAUCCUUCACACCAACGUGGUCUUCAAGAAGAACCCCAAGGGAGAGUACAUGAUCUUCCCCUACUACGGCAACGAAGAGGAGCUGAAAAAGCACCACAUCAAGAGGUCGACGGAGAACUGGGCAGAUGUGCCCAGCGCAGUCUUCAACACAGUAAAGACGUCCCUCUCAUCGCGGGUCAGCGGAAGACAGCGGAGAGAGCUGGAUCAGAUGGAUAUCAGAGGAUCCAUCGUCUACUUGGAAAUCGACAACCGCCAGUGCAUCGUCUCCUCCUCGCAAUGUUUUCAGAGCGCAACUGACGUGGCAGCUUUCCUGGGUGCCUUGGCCUCGCUGGGUAACCUGAACAUCCCCUACAAAAUAGAAGCCGUUAAAAGCGAAACAGCUGAGCUCCCAAGGAACACCCAGUUAUAUCCUAUGUAUGUGGUGGUGGCCGUCCUGGCCUUGCUCGCUUUCAUUUGCGUGGGAGUCGUGGUCUCUCGUAAGCGGCGCAGGGAACACGGGCAGCUCUGGUUCCCAGAAGGCUUCAAAGUGACGGAGUCGAGCAAGAAGAAGCGACGUGAACCGCUGGGGGAGGAUUCCGUGGGACUGAAACCCCUGAAAAAUGCGUCUGAUGGCACCUUGAUGGAUGACAACCAGAAUGAAUGGGGUGAUGAAGAAACCUUGGACACUAAGAAGUUCAGGUUUGAGGAGCAGGCGAUGCUGCCGGACGCGGACGAUCAGACCGAUCACAGGCAGUGGACCCAACAGCACCUGGAUGCAGCCGACCUUCGCAUCUCUUCCAUGGCCCCCACCCCGCCGCAAGGUGAAAUUGAUGCAGAUUGCAUGGAUGUCAACGUGCGAGGCCCUGAUGGAUUCACCCCGCUCAUGAUCGCUUCGUGCAGUGGAGGAGGCCUGGAGACAGGCAACAGUGAAGAGGAGGAAGAUGCCCCUGCUGUCAUCUCGGACUUCAUCUACCAGGGCGCCAGCCUGCACAACCAGACUGACCGCACCGGCGAGACGGCUCUCCACCUGGCCGCAAGAUACUCUCGCUCCGAUGCUGCCAAACGCCUGCUGGAGGCCAGUGCGGAUGCAAACAUCCAGGACAAUAUGGGCAGGACGCCCCUUCAUGCAGCUGUCUCGGCUGAUGCUCAAGGAGUCUUCCAGAUCCUGAUUAGGAACCGAGCCACCGACCUGGAUGCCCGCAUGCACGACGGGACCACGCCGCUGAUCUUGGCAGCACGCUUGGCCGUGGAGGGCAUGUUGGAGGAUCUGAUUAAUUGCCACGCGGAUGUCAAUGCCGUGGACGACCUAGGCAAAUCAGCCCUGCACUGGGCCGCGGCUGUGAAUAAUGUGGAAGCUGCCAUGGUGCUGCUGAAGAACGGAGCCAAUAAAGACAUGCAGAACAAUAAGGAGGAGACUCCGCUGUUCCUGGCCGCCAGGGAAGGGAGCUAUGAAACGGCCAAAGUCCUCCUGGAUCACUUUGCCAACCGGGACAUCACAGACCACAUGGACCGGCUCCCACGGGAUAUCGCGCAGGAGCGCAUGCACCACGACAUCGUGCGGCUGCUGGACGAGUAUAACCUGGUGCGCAGCCCGCCGCUGCAUAACGGCCCCUUGGGGGCGCCCACCCUGUCUCCUCCGCUCUGCUCUCCCAACGGCUACAUCGGCAACCUGAAACCGGCCGCCCAGGGGAAGAAGGCCAGGAAGCUGAGUGCCAAGGGCCUGAGCUGCCCCAGCAAAGAUUCCAAAGACGCCAAAGCCAGGAGGAAAAAAUCGCAGGAUGGGAAAGGAGGCCUUCUCGACAGCUCCAGCGUGCUGUCGCCCGUCGACUCCCUGGAGUCGCCCCACGGGUACCUCUCGGACGUCGCGUCUCCUCCCCUGAUGACACCUCCGUUUCAGCAGUCCCCGUCCGUGCCUCUGAACCACCUGCCAGGCCUGCCGGACGCCCACCUGGGUAUCAACCAUCUCAACAUGGCAGGAAAGCAGGAGAUGGCGAUGGGCGGCUCCAGCAGGAUGGCCUUCGAGUCCAUGCCCCCGCGUCUCUCCCACCUCCCCGUCUCCAGCCCCGGCACAGCCCUGAGCAGCGCGCCGAUGAAUUUCACGGUGGGAGGCGCUACCAGCCUGAACGGGCAGUGCGAUUGGCUCACACGGCUGCAAAACGGGAUGGUGCAGAACCAGUAUAACCCCAUGAGAAGCAAUGUCCAGCCUGGGGCUCACCAGCAAAGCCAGGCCCUGCCCCACGGCAUGAUGACCCCCCUGCACAACGGCAUGCCCACCACAGCCUUGUCGCAGAUGAUGAGCUUCCAGCCCAUGCCUAACACCCGGCUGGCCUCCCAGCCACAUCUCAUGCAGGCCCAGCAGAUGCAACAGAUCCAGCAGCAGCAGCAGAAUUUACAGCAGCAGCUGCAACAGCAAAAUAUGCAGCAGCAGCAGCAGCAGCAUCACAACCCCAGCUCGAACGCCAACGGUCACAUUAGCCAAAAUUUCCUCGGUAACGAGCUCACCCAGUCAGACAUGCCACAGGUGAGCGGCAGCACCAUGCCGGUGCACACCAUUUUGCCUCAAGAGACCCAAAUCCUCUCAACGUCUCUCCCAUCCUCCCUCACGCAACCCAUGACCACCACCCAGUUUUUAACUCCGCCCUCUCAACACAGUUACUCCUCCCCCUUGGACAAUACACCCAAUCACCAGCUUCAGGUGCCAGACCACCCUUUCUUAACACCUUCCCCAGAGUCGCCAGACCAAUGGUCAAGCUCAUCGCCUCAUUCCAACAUAUCUGAUUGGUCAGAGGGGAUCUCCAGCCCUCCCACGAGUAUGCAGUCACAGAUAGGACACAUCCCAGAAGCCUUCAAGUAAAGAGGGUCUUUCACGGACUGACACAGGAUCGUUUUUAAAAAUUAAGGACACCUAAGGGUGAUUUGACUGAAGGAUCCUUUUUUAUAUGUUUUUUAUACAAAAUAAAAAGACAAUGUUUAAUCUUUUUUUUUUUUUAGUAUUUAUUUAUGUACUUUUUAUUUUACAUGAAAACACUGCCUUUUUAUUUAUAUGUUCUGUUGUUAAGAACUCAAAAUGAGACACUUCAGUUGCGCUCCAAGGAAUUGAAAACUAUUAGGUCUCUUUUGGAUUUUUUUUUUGUUUUGUUUUUUUGUUUUGGGGGAGUUUUUUAAUAUGUUGAUGUGGGAGGGUGCUGGGGUUGUUUGUUUUUGUAAAGUUGUAAGCAAAGAUUCGUGAUUCUGAAAUGCCAUUUAUUUAUUAUUAUUAUUUUGCUUUCAAAACCAGAAAAGGGGGAAGGAGAGAGAAUUAGCUACAAAAGUGAACCCUCGAAAAAAUUAUAAAUUAAAUAUGAAUUGAUUUUUGAAAUGUACUUUAAAAUGUUUUCUUUGAGGUUAUCUGAGAGGAUAUUUUAUGGUACUAGUCAUGAAUCUUUGUUUAAAAUUUCAGUAUUAUAUAGUUGUACAUUUAUCUUAAUACAUAGAAAUUCUUGUUCUUUCUUUUUCAUAUAUUUAAAUGCUGUCUAUAGCUAAAAAUCAGGAUUACAGACCUGUGAUAGGUUCUAAGCUAAAAAAAAAAAUCUACAUAACACUGUUGCUGCCUAGAGAAACAACAUUGGCCAAAUCUGUUGAAAACCCAUAGCUGCAGAAUCAGUGCCGAAGAGUUUAUUGGGGGUUUUCUAAAUUACUUUUUACACGGUAAAAAUGCUAGGGUUCGGACUUUCAGAAUCACGUCCUUCUUUUAAGGGUAGUACACUCUUAUUUUAAAGGUGUCAUUUGUUAAAUACUGCAUAACAGCUUGAAUGAAUAUUAACACAGCAUCACAAUGCCCAGUCUACUAUCAAUCCCUGACAUCCAAGCUCUUUUUGAAAUAUUGAACUUUUGGGUUUGCAAAUUAAGAUGUCGUCCGGUUCGGAUGUAGCCCCGGCCAAUCUUACCAGAAGGGCAGAAAAUUAAAUUAGGAGUCACAAACAUAAACCGGGCUGCGGAGUCCAUGGUUUUGAAUGUUAACGUUAUGUUCUUACAAGCAUGGAGUGAUGCACUGUGUUUAUAUUGGUGCACUCCCUUUUUGUGGAGGUAGAGGGAAAACAACCGUGUAAAAUAUAGUAUAAGCCUGUGGCAGAAUUAAUGUUUGUAAAUACGUUUGUUUUGUUUUUUAAAAAAAAAGUGGAUUUUGUUUCAAAAAUCUAAAUGAACAAGUCUUAAGUAUAUCAUGCUGAUUAGAGGUGUCAGAAUAUUGCUCCCUCCUUGACUGCAAAAGGAAAGCGAACACUAUGCAUACGGCUGUCUCCAGGACAUUCUCUCACCUAAAAUGCAGUCGAUCAAGGAAACCUGAGAAAAGGGAGAGAUACCUCGUCCCUUUCGCUUAGAACACCAAAUAUGACUGUAAUUUCUCAAAAGCACCAGGCUUUCUGCCAUCCCUUCUGUGCUAAUCUCUUAGUGAACACUUCAGGAGUAUUGGUAUUGUGACAUCCCUAAUACUAGUGAUCACAUGGUGUUGUCUUCCUAUGUUUUAUAAACUAGAAUGUAGUUUACGAAAAAAAGUUUCUGUAUUAAAGUUAUCUACCUGCAAAGUUGUAGUUUGCAAAAAUGAUGUAUUUUUUGGUUAACUGAUUUGCAAUAAAGGAUGCUCGUGGGCGUCUAGAUUUUACUAAAA